AUGCUCCGGGCGCUGCUGCCGCCGCUGCUGCUCGCGGUGGGGGCCGCGGGGCGCUGGCAGCCGACCCCCGACACGGUGCGGCCGCGGGUGGUGCGGGAGCAGGUGCUGUGGGUGAGCGGGGAGGGGCGCGGGGGGGUCCACACCUUCCGCGUGCCCCUGGUGGUCGCCACCCCCGGGGGGGCCCUGCUCGCCUGUGCCGAGGGCAGGAAACAAUCGGCGGGGGACGUGGGGGCCAAAGUCAUCGCCUGCCGCCGCUCCCCCGACGGAGGAGCCACGUGGGGCCCCACGGAGGUGGCGGCCGACGACGGCUGGGGGGGGGACGGGCUGAAUUUGGGGGCCCUGCUGAGCGUGGGCCCCGAGGUGCUGCUGCUCUUCGCCCGCUGCGCCCACCCCCCCCAGCCCUGCGGGCCCCCCACCACCCUCCUGCUGCGCAGCCGAGACGGGGGCCGCUCCUGGGGGCCCCCCCAGAACCUCUCGGGGGUCGUGGGGGGGGAGGUUUUCGCCCCCGGGCCCGGCAGCGGCAUCCAGAAGCAGAGCCCCCCCUUCCGGGGCCGGCUGGUGUUCUGCGGGCACGGUACCCUGGAGCGGGACGGGGUCUCGCUGCUGCUCAGCGACGACGGGGGGGUCUCGUGGCGCAGGGGGGGGGUCCUGCCCGCCAUCCCCUUCGGGGCCCCCCGGCACCCCCGGGACUUCACCCCCGACGAGUGCCAG